AUGCAUCGAAUUUCCUCCAGUACCUGGGGGAGUCCGGCCAGCAGCGCUCCCAGGACUGGCUCUCGGCGACGGCGGUGGUGCAGGCAGAAGACUUCUCGCCCGACGGCGUCGCCGCCCCCACGACCGAGGGCCCACACUCGGACAAGUUCGCACCCCCGCCCCGCCACCUCCAUCCACGUGUCCCCGCACGAGGGCGGGAGUGCGCACCCGAUCUCCGUGGAGUUGUUCCUGACCUACGUCGCCGACUUCAAGGGCGCCCCCGAGUCCCCGAUGGGCAUCCGGGAGACCUGCGAGGCGCCGCCUCGGGAGGCCUGCACGGACGCCCCCGGCGCCGUGGCGCUGCAGCCGACGGCAGCGUCCCAGGCGGCGUGCGGGCCCGGCCCCGACGUGGCUCAGGUCGGCGGCGCCAAGCUGGGCGGGAGGGCGCUGGCCCCGACACUGGCGCCGCUGGCAGUCGAGCAGGUCCAGUCGCCCGCCUCGGUGCUGGGCCUGCUGGGCCACUGGCAGCUGGCGCGCAGCAAGGCGCUCGCGGCGAAGGCCCAGUCCCAGAAGUCCCGCAGCUCCAUCUCGUCGUCUUCGAGGACGUCCUCCUCGUCCGCUGGGACCUCCACGCAAGAGGGCUGCGUCUCGGCCGUCUGCCUGCGGGUGGACACAUCAAGCUGGGGCCUGCGCGUCGAAGAAAUGCCGGUGUGCUUCGAGAUCGGGCACCAGCAGCCCCGUCUGAAGGAUUGGCUGCCGAAGGAGCCUCUGGACGAGAUCAUGCGAAACUUCCAGGAGCUCGUGAAUCAGAGAGAGUACGGGGAUAGCGAGGAUCGAAGAAGAAAUUCUUGA